CCGUGGACGUUUCUUUCUGGCCUCCAUUCUAUCAUGGCCUCGUUGGCUAAUUAUCUACUCUUUCUCCCUUGGCCAGCUGCUCAAGACCAGACAAGUCAAGAAUCCCACCCGGAUCACAUAGAUUCCCUUUAACCCACACGAGAAGCGCCCACCCGAAAAAGCUGAAUAAAGGAGAAGGACAAAGAAAGCAAAAAGACGGCCAAAGAAGAGGAAAAAAAUAAAGGAAGAACGACGAAAGAAGAAAUCUGACCUGUUCUACGUGCGUCUUUUUGUGCUCUCUUCUUUGCAGCCUUCAUCACACCCACCCUCAUCCCCCCAUCAUCCUUUCCACAACCUCCUCCUCCUUUCCCUGUCUCCCUCAUUCCACCGAAGCCUCAGUUGCCAAAAUAGAGAGAUAUAAAGAGGGGAAGAGAUAAGGGAUAAAUGUAGAGCAAUUGAUGCGGGAUAAGCUUAGAAUAGGGGGGUUUGUAGAGGAAUAGAACAGAGAAAAAAAAAAAGGAGAGGGGAGAUGGAGAGGGUUUUCUCAGUGGACGAGAUAGCUGACUCCUUCUGGGCCGCCUCCCCGCCCGGCCACGGGCUGCCGCCGCCGGUCGCCACCGACGGUGGGCCGCGUGGCGCGAUGAGUCGGAGCCCUUCCGAGUGGUACUUCGAGAAGUUCCUGGAGGUCGCGGAGGAGGCCACUGUCCCCAGCACCACUUCCCCAGCCCCUCCUAAUCCUAACCCUAACCCUAAUUCCAACCCUAAUCUUAACCCCAGCCCCCCUCCCGCCUCUGUUGUUGCUUCGAACUUUUAUGGCGGUGGGAGGAAAGAUGAGGGGAGAGGGGAUGAUGACGAGGUGAUCCAGAUCAAGGCGCCCGCCAUCGUUCCCGCCACCGUGGCCCUGCACCGGGGUCCGCCGUCCGAUCCGCCGAUGGAUGUUGAUCCUGAGGAGUAUGCGGUGCUUCUAAAGAAGAGGCUUGAUAUGUACUGUGCUGCAGUUGCCAUGUCUCGGAGUUCUGGUGUAAAUCCACAGGAUUCUUCUGCUUCAACUGAUAUUAAAUCACAGUUUUUAGAUGCUUCAGAGCUAGGAUCUCAGGCUCCUGCCACAGGAAAUGGUUCUAUGGUGCAACAAAAAGCAGGUAGUGGACCAAGUGGAGGUCCGGUUCCUACUGUCAUGCAGAACUUAGGUGUCCAAGCGAGGCCAACUACCAGUGGAUCAUCAAGAGAGCAGUCGGAUGAUGAGGAACUUGAAGGAGAAGUGGAAACAACAGAAAAUAUGGACCCUGCUGAUGCAAAGCGUGCAAGGAGGAUGAUUUCAAAUCGAGAAUCGGCAAGACGCUCGAGGAGAAGAAAGCAAGCACAUUUGAAUGAGCUUGAGGCACAGGUCUCACAAUUAAGAGUUGAAAACUCAUCUUUGUUAAAGAGUCUUACUGAUGUCAACCAAAAGUACAAUGAAGCUGCUGUGGAUAAUCGGAUACUAAAAGCAGAUGUAGAGACUCUGAGAGCUAAGCCUAGUGGAAUUUGUGGUCGAGGACUUGGCUGUCUCUCAUUAGAUUGGUUAAACAUGAGCUUGAAGUACAUGGAUGAUGCGGGUGAAGAUGGCAGAGGACACUGUAAAGAGAGUAACUGGUAUCAGUCCCAUGUACCCGAACAUCCCUGACAUAUCAACAAUCAGCAUGUCUUUCAGUGGGAGUCCAUCUGAUGCAACAUCCAGUGUAGUUGUUCCCAUCCAAGAUGACCCAAACCACUUCUUCCAGCAACCGCCACCACACGACCAAAGAAUCAAUACCUGUCUCCCUGAGAUUGCUCCUGCUCCUCCUGUUGAGCAUGUUGUACAUGGUGCUGUGCCUGGUGACAAGAUAAGUAGUACCACUUCGAUCCAACAGGUGGCUGGUCUUGAGCACCUCCAGCAGAGGAUCUGUCGAGGACAAAGCCCAUGCGGUUCUGUGCAAUGGGAUGCUGCUGCACCGGAUCCUGAGGCCUCUGUCAACAGCAAGCAAAAUCAGGUAUAAAGAAAUUUUGAAACUGCCUACUGUUGAUGUUGUCAACUUUCUGUGCACUGUAAAUGAAGUCUAUCUUAUUCUUAUUUUGGAUGCUGCGUAUUGGCACCAUCAGUUGGUUCUUUAUUUAACGAAUGGUGUUGUUCCGUCCGUCCCUUUAACAUCUUUGAUGCUCGUAUUGAGAAAUUUUCAUACUCGAUGAUAAGCAGCAUCUUGAUUAAUCCUUGUCAUCCUAGGUGGAUUCAGAGACAUGGUGUAUAAAUUUGGUCUUAACCUAUUUUAUACAUGGAUUAAAGUUACUUUAAAAGCAUUACAUGUAUAAAACCUUAGUUUAUCUGCACAUUUUGUGAAAAUCA